CUCGUACGACGUGCGCUCCUUCCGUCGCCUGGUGCGCUUAAGGUUUUCAAUUCACCUUUCAAUCCACGCCACCUUCAAGUCACGACACAGUCUCGCCUGGUGCAGACUCGGACACGAUGAAUUCUGCUUUUUUCAUUCAAGUUUUCUUCCUCGCCUUUACUUUGUUUUCAUACACCACCGCGCUCGACAUCUCUGUCCUAUCAUCCCCAAUCUCUGGCGUACCGACCACCGUUACCUGGACGAGCGUUGAUGACAAUGAUCCCGCAAAGUUCGACUUGCGAUUCGUUGUGAACAACACGGAUGUGGGGCUGGCCAUUGCUAAUGUAGCCGUAGGGGAUAACACCUCUGGGGCGGUCAACGUUACUUUUCCUGAGGCCAGGCCCUACGUCCUGAUAGCCGUUACUGGAAGUUGGCCAAAUUACAUUCAAGUGGGAAAGAGCAAUCAGGUGACGGUAGUUCAACCGCCUACCAACUCCGCGACCACGUCUACCCCAACCCCCACUGCAUCCACCGGCCAACCCAGGGGUACAGCUUCAGCCACCUCAACAUCCUCGCCCAUAUCCGAGUCUGAAUCCCGCUCCGGAUCUAUCCUCGACAACCCGAUCAAACGCGCCGUCAUCAUCGCAGUCUCCACCCUUGCCGUUCUCUUCUUCCUCCUCAUCAUAGCCAUCAUCGGAUUCGUACUCCACCGACGUAAGCUCAAGGAGGCGGAAGAACGUAAGAGAUGGACGUUCCACCAGGAUCUGAUGGUUCAGCAACGGGAUAACUCCGUCACUCCAGGAGGCUCUGUGAUCAACAUCUCCCGCGGAGAAAAUCCCCCAAGGGUGGAGUUGGACUUGGAUCUGGAGCGCGGUGUAGAUGCUGGGCAGGAGCAAAGGCGGGGGUUGCCUGCCGUGCCGUUUGUUAUGCGCUCGCCUAAAGGACCGAGGCCGAAGCCGACUAUGCAAUAUCCCUUUGUGUCCGCUGGGAAUGCGGGGUCAGAUGUAGAGAGGGGUGGAUAAUUUUGCUCGUUGAUUUGCGUGCUUUUAUAAAUUGAUUUCCGUGUUUUGUUG